UAAAAAAGAGAAGUGAACAAACCGGGACUUGGGGAAAGAGAAAAUGGCGACGGCAUCGGAAAAUUCUAGAGGAAUCGGCGGAGGUGAUCGAACGGCGAAAGCAGUCGUCGCCGAUCAGAUCACACAAGCGGUAAAUUCUACUGCCAAUCUUCUCCAACUAAUGCGUCAAUCGUCUUCUUCUCAGGCACAGUUGGCAAAGCUCCCGAAGAAUUUGUUGGCGAAAGCUUCACUGACUAAGGCCACUGGACAAGCAUUGGCGCAGCUUCCUCAAGUGGUUUCAUCUCUGGACGCUCAUAUCGAAAGUGGAUUGCACAGUGGUGUUCAUCUGAACACAGUAACUCAGUUACUUGAAAACAUGGAAAGCACACAGCUUCGUGCUCUUCGACAAUCUAAUAUUUCCCCUGUGACAGAUGACAAGUAGUGAUCUCCAAGAUAUGCACAUACGGCGUCUCCUACUUCGUUGUUCAUUCAUCUUCAAACGAUCACACUUCCCUACUUCGUUUCCACAACAGAGAUAAAUUUUGUGGUGGUGACUUAGUUUUCGAUUUUCCUGGCGGUUCUGAUUCCAUAAUAGCUCUGGUUGUUAGCUAGAUUGCGACUUUUGAUAUCAGCUUUAAUCAGAUUCUUUUAUGACUCAGACUGAAAUCUCCAAUGUUCUUUGUUAUAUAGUAUAUAAUUGGGGUGUGUUAACCCACUUUUAGCU